AGAUACAGCUGAAGUAGAAGGAUGGAAGAAUGGUAUUGGGUCUUGAUAGUUGUUUGUGUGGUAGCUCAAGCUGCUGCACAGGGAAUGAAUGAUAUCGUGAAUGAAGCGGUCAACAGUGUCUUCAGGGGUGUGGCGGACAGAGGAGGCUCACCUAUGGCCAGAUUUGGUCAGACAUUAGCUGAUUUUGGGGGUACAGCAGGGACCGGCCCUUCGCCUACUUUGGGACAAAUUCCUGCAAAUCGAGUCUUUGGUGGUGGAAUAGCAUCGAUGCGAACAAGUGGUCGGGGAUCAGGGGCAGCACGGGCGCUAUAUAGAUUUUCUCAGAGUUAUGCGCCAACUAACAAUGUCCUUCUCAGUGACCGAUCAACGUGGGCAGCAAUGACUUCAAAGAGAAUAGCCGAAAGUACUGGGGGUACCGAACAAGCUUACCAGAGUGCAGCACAAAGUCCGGAAAUUGCUGACAGUUUUCAACGAGCAUUUGGUCAAUACUGUUUUGAGAGCCCUCGGUGUGAUCGUUGGGAUCCAUACCGAAGGACAGACGGACAAUGUAACAAUUUGGAUGAACCUUUACUUGGAUCGUCGUUCACUCCCCAGCAGCGUGUCCUACCGGCGGCUUACGACAACUUUAUCGACCGCCCUAGAGUCCGUUCUGUAAUCCCCUUUAAACGUCUCCCCAGUGCUAGAACAGUCAGCAACAACAUUCUCCAGCACACGUUUCGGGCUAUGACACCUGUAAGUUCCACAUUCUCGACGUAUCUCACUCAUCACGGACAGUUUAUUGACCACGAUAUCAUCUCCACUCCCACCGAAACUGCUGGAACCAUGGAAAAUCCAAUAUCAAUUGGAGACUGCUGUUUUCCCGUAAGUGAGCAGAUAAAACCAGAUGCUUGUUUCGAGAUUUACGUGGAACAGCCGGAUCCAUUCUUUCCACCGGGUCAGAACUGCAUGAACAUCGUACGUCGUACAGGUGCACCACCUUUAAAAUGUGAAAAUGGUGUCCGGCAACAAAUAAACCAGAGAACGUCCUUUGUAGACGGCUCUGCGAUCUACGGUUCUGAUUCCAUUCUUGAGAGGGACUUGAGGUUACUUGAUCAAGGGAAGCUUAAAGAAGACUCUCAAAAUCUGCUUCCACCGCAUCCAAAUGGAUGCCCAGCGGAAGUCAUGACCAACUAUCACUGUUUCAUCGCAGGAGAUAACAGACCUAGCGAAACACCGACAUUAACCGUUAUGCACAUCACGUGGCUAAGACGCCACAAUUUAAUUGCUGACGCACUGAGGCACGCCACAGGCAUUACGGACGAUGAAACUCUUUUCCAGGAAGCGAAAAGAAUAGUGAUAGCACAGCUUCAACAUGUUACAUACAACGAAUUUUUACCCGGUGUACUUGACGAUAAACAUAUGAAUAAAUUCAGUCUACGAUCAACUCCAGUAGGACAUGCUGAAAUUUACAACCGCUCAAUCGACCCAAGGACAAUUAAUGCAUUUGGCGUGGCAGCUUAUCGUAUGGGUCAUAGCUUCGUCAGAAAUUCUAUCGGCCAUGAUAGAGGAUUUGGAAAUGACCAAGAAUUUCCGGUGAACCAGCACUUUGAGCGUCCCGACCUUAUGUUUAAUAAUGGGUAUGAAUUCAUGGCUCGGUGGAUGUCAAGAGAGCCGAAAUCUAGGUCAGACAGAUUCUUGGUUGAUGGAAUCAGAAACAGAUUGUUCGAAUCCCCGCCAAUGAAUGGAACGCACAGAUCGGAAACAUUAUCUUUCGAUUUGGGAGCAUUGAACAUUCAGAGAGGUCGAGAUCACGGUAUUCCCUCCUACAAUGCUUACAGACAAUUUUGUGGAUUCUACAGAGCUAAAUUCUUUGCAGCUGUCAAGGGUGGACUAGAGUUUCAUUCUCCAGAAGUAGUCGCUGCACUUCAGCGAACAUAUAGGCACGUGGAUGACAUUGAUCUCUUUGCUGGCGGUAUGUCUGAGACUCCUCAUCCAGGGAGCAUCCUAGGACCAACAUUCCAGUGUAUCAUCGCUCACCAGUUCAGUCUCUAUAAACACGGUGACCGUUUCUGGUACGAACGAACCUUCCCAGAAAAUCCAGUGGCGGCAUUCACCUCUGCUGAAUUAGCACAGAUAAAGCAAACAACAUACUCCAAGAUCCUGUGUUCAGUUGUGAAGAAUAUAGGAGUAAGGCACUCUUUCCAACCCAAUUUGAUGUUACGACCUAAUAUCCCAGGCAAUGCUCCAGUAUCUUGUCAUUUACUCUUGCAAGACAGUCCGCUCGGGUUCGACAUCACACCAUUUGCAGAAAAGCUUUUACGAUUAGGCGGUCGUCGACGUCGAGAUCCAUUUGCAUUGAGACCUAGUCCAUUGAAUCCAAGCAUGCGCGGAAUAAUGCAACUGGAAGAUCCGAGAUCUGACAGGGAUCAUUUUCUGCCUCCCAUGAAUGCAGAGAGAUUUCUUUGGACAGGAAGGAGAAAGACUUCAUACUAGUACUCGAUUGAAAUAGUACUUUGUACAGAAUUGAAGAUUCGGAUAGAUAAAAAAAAAGUCAUUUUAUUAAAGCAUGUUAUUUCAAUAGAACAGAACGAUAACACGUAUUGGCAGUCUUUGUCAUGGCUUUACUUAUUAAAAUCAUAAUUCCAAUUCAA